AUGUCGACUGCCGUGUUUGCGACCCGGUACAUCUCUGCCGUUGGCGUCGCUGUCCUUCUGUACGAUCAUCUCCUGACUCUAGGAGACGAAAUUGUGCUGUUUUGGCAGAGUUCGGCAGCUGGCUUGGGGUAUCGCUCUAUAUUCUUUUUCAAUCGCUACCUGCCAGAAGGUGUCUCGAUUUACACUGCGUAUAUGAUUAGCGGUGGUGCCCUCAAUAUUGACAAUAAUGUGAGAACUUCACGUUCUUGGUGUCGGCACUUCCUCUAUGUGUUCGCCAUCGUAACGACACUCUUCACAACGCUGUCCAACUUCGUCCUCGCAAUGCGCAUAUACGUCAUCUGGGACGACCGACCCAAGGUCAAACGGAUCCUUCUCAGUGUCUUUCUAGUCGUAAUGGCGACUGGGCUUGCUUUCGCAGUGACAUCCGCCAAAGAAGUGCAAACGGGAGCAGGAGUUUACAACCCCCUACUUCGGAUGUGCACCCUUACCGUCAAACCCUGGUCUCUUCCCGUCGUGCUUGGUAUCUGGGUUGCCUUCGACUUGUUCGCGGUCCUGAUGGCGGCAUAUAAUGCCCUGGAACGACCUCACAAGACGCAUUCAGAUGUUAUCAGGACGCUGCAUCGCGACGGCGUCAGGAUGUUUGUGUGUUUAUUAUUAUUACGUGUCGCCAACUUUGUCGUUGCUUUAGCAGGCAAUGCGACUUAUUGUUUUGCGGCGUUCACUAUUUUAUGGGCAAUGUGCUCUGUUGUGUCAUCCCGCCUCCAGCUCCGUGUCGAAAAACUCCGUUGGCAAGGGCAUCUUUCGCCAGAGGAGUUCCUUUACCUUUGA